AUGCAGGCGCCCCCAGCGCUUGCCGUUUACAAAGAGGCGCCCUCUUUGGGUGGCAGUGUUGGGCUUCUGGCAGGACAGAUUCUAGGGCUGGCGGUGUUGUUGCCGCCCUUUGCAUGCCUGCUGCCCUUUUCCAUGUUGGGCCGCAUCCUCUUCGGUCCGGACCCCACGUCACCGAGAAUCUCCCUUGUGUGGCUCCUGAUGCGCCGGGCCCUCUUCGACCCAGUGGUCAGAAACGAGCGGGGAAUUGUAACCCGGGCCCGAACCGCCCUGAGCAUCCUGAUGAUCUCCAUGCGGUCCCACUCACUUUGGGCCUGCUGCUGGUAUCUGGAUGAACUCUACGGCUGCUUUGGGGGCUGGAAAUCGCAACAGGUCACACGACCCGUUUUCCUCAUCUCCAACGCAAGGACUGGGUCGAGUGAGUUUGGCGAGAGGCUCUGCACAGCCGGAAAGCACCUCAUUGGGCCAAACUCGCUGCAGUGCCUCAUGCCCUAUACUUGGGUUUGGCGACUUGCACGCGGCGUCUUCCGCGAGGCCAAGGAAGAGGACAUUGCAGUGAAAAUGCGCGAAGGAUAUCAGAAGAAGUUCCCUGAAAUGUUCAAGCGCCACCCCCUGCAACCUUUUUCUCCGGACACCUUCGAAGUCGCCCAAAACAUGACCUCCCUCACCUUCGGCUACCUGAACCUGCUCGCCGGGCCCAACGUCCCUCCUUACGGGGCCGACCCCGACAAGGCGCACCUCGCCUCCGACGUGAGGCAACUCUGCCGCUGCGUGGAUGCCCUUCUGAAGAAAACUCUGCACUUCUACGGGCGAAAGGAGCGGCCCUUUCUAAAGGGGCACUUCAUCCACGCGGCUGAGACGCUUGCAGCACAGUACCCUGGUGCCCUCUUCGUCGACGUGGUGCGGGAGAUUGAGCCGAUGCUCCGCUCACAAAUCAACUUCGUCCAUGUGCUUCCCUGUUGGGAGGAGCUCGGGGUGCAGAGCGUGCCGUGGGCGUGGCUCCGGGACCACCUCCUCCGUGCAAACAUCGACUACUGUCAACAAGAGAUAGCCUUCUUCAAGGAAUCCGUCCUGCGAGAAAGGCGAAUCGUUCUGAGGUUCGAGGACUGCGUGAAGGAUCCUACUGGCUCCCUGCAGCAAGUGUUCGAAGCCGCUGGAAUCGAGGUACUGCCGGAAGAGCUCUCGCAAGCAGCAACACGGAGUGCAGGUGCCAAGAGCGACAGGAACUAUGACAUCGAUGUCUCUUUGGAUCAGCUCCAGAUCCCUGCAGGGUACCUCGCGAGCACCUUCAAUGAAUGGAGGCAGAAGAUGGACAAGGACUCUUAA